AUGUUGUCACAUGGCCGGGGGUUCAAGGAGAAGAUAUCUGUUGCUUGUGCCGAGAGAGAAGAACAGAAUAUAAGGAAAGAAUCCAAGGAUAAGGAGGGUCUAGAAGUGUACGAAAUGUUGAAGGAAGGAAUAGGGUUCAAGGACUACCUACAUGGACCAAUGGAUGCAGGAACAAAGCUUAAGGUCAAAUUCAGGACCGGAGACAUAAGCCUUCGAGAUCGUCGGCGAAGACAUAGGACGGUAGACGACGAAGACGACGAGUUCAAAUGUGAUUGCGGCUUCGAAUGCGAAGACCGUGUUCAUGUAGUGGCGGAAUGUCCGUUGUACAAGAAGGAGAGGGAAGUGUACAUGACUGAGCUGGGAAUAAUAGAAGGGACGUAUGGGGAGAUGUUUGAGGCAUGGAAUAGAGAGGGAAGGACGGCGGAAGACCUUUUCUACAAUAUGGACACGAGGAGGCGAGCGUUCAAGAGCCCCGGCGAGCAAUACAAGGGGAUCCUCGAUGUCGUUACCCGCUACGCCGUCCACUUCGGCGACAGGGGUGUAUCCUUCACCUGCAAGAAGGCGGAAGACCUUUUCUACAAUAUGGACACGAGGAGGCGAGCGUUCAAGAGCCCCGGCGAGCAAUACAAGGGGAUCCUCGAUGUCGUUACCCGCUACGCCGUCCACUUCGGCGACAGGGGUGUAUCCUUCACGUGCAAGAAGCACGGUCAGUCCGGCCCCGACCUACACACGCCUCCGAGGUCCAGCUGCCUGGCGAACAUCCAGGUGGCGUUCGGGCCGGCGCUGUCGCGGGAGCUCGUGGAGUUGGAGUGCUCCCAGGCCGAGGAAUUGCUUGACCAGGGGGUGGACGGAGGCGGCGCCAUCGCCGAUGUUUGGCGCUUCACUCGUCUUUGGGGUUGA